UUCUUGGCACUCAAGAUCUCUAAGCCAAGAACAACUUCAUGUCCUCAUGACUUGGAUCUCUUUUUCACUUCUGUCUCCGCCAUCACCAUCUCUUCCAUGUCCACCGUCGACAUGGAAGUCUUCUCCAACAUCCAACUUAUCUUUCUCACAAUCCUCAUGUUCCUCGGUGGCGAGGUCUUUACAUCCUUCCUCAGUCUAUACUUCUCCCAUUUCAACAAAUUCGCCUUCCCUCAUAACAAGAUUAGACAUCUUAUGGGCUCUAUCGACUUGGAUCAUCCGGUAGAAGAUCUCCGUAAUGACCUCGAGACCGUUACUGAUCGUCGUGAGGGUCCUAGCCAGAUCAAUGAGAGAGCAUCUAAGUGCUUGUACUCAGUGGUUCUUGGUUACCAUCUUGUUACACACCUAACUGGCUCCGCGUUGCUUCUUGUGUACGUAAACUUUGUUAAAACGGCGAGAGAUGUUCUUAGUUCCAAGAAAAUCUCACCUCUCACCUUCUCGGUCUUCACAACUGUCUCCACGUUCGCAAACGGUGGAUUUGUCCCCACGAAUGAGAACAUGAUCAUCUUCCGCAAGAACUCAGGCCUUCUUUGGCUCCUUAUCCCUCAAGCACUUAUGGGAAACACGUUGUUCCCUUGCUUCUUGGUGUUGCUCAUUUGGGGACUUAAUAAGAUCACAAGGCGUGAAGAGUAUGGUUAUAUUCUAAAGAACAACAAGAAGAUGGGAUACUAUCAUCUACUCUCAGUUCGUCUUUGUGUUAUUCUUGGAUUGACGGUGUUAGGGUUUCUAAUGAUACAACUUCUUUUCUUCUGCGCCUUUGAGUGGAGUUCGGAAUCUCUUGAAGGAAUGAGUUGGUACGAGAAGUUCGUUGGAUCGUUGUUUCAAGUGGUGAACUUGAGACACACCGGAGAAACAAUUGUCGACCUCUCCACACUUUCCCCAGCUAUCUUGAUACUCUUUAUCCUCAUGAUGUAUCUUCCUCCAUAUACAUUGUUUAUGCCGUUGACCCAAGAAAAGAGUAAGCAAGAGGGAGAGGAUGUUACCAGAAAUGUAAAAAAGAAGAAGAGUGGACUCUUUGUGUCACAACUCUCCUUUUUGGUGAUAUGCAUCUUUCUCAUUACCAUCACCGAAAGGCAAAAGCUACAGCGAGAUCCAUUCAACUUCGACGUCCUUAACAUCACUCUCGAAGUUAUCAGUGCAUAUGGAAAUGUGGGCUUCACGACCGGGUACAGCUGCAAUCAGCGCCUGAACGUGAGCGAUGGUGGCUGCGAAGACGCGAGUUACGGAUUUGUGGGACGGUGGAGUCCCGGUGGGAAAGUCAUACUAAUAAUAGUUAUGUUUUAUGGUAGGUUUAAGCACUUCACACCCAAAUCUGGCCGGGCAUGGAUUCUUUAUCCCUCGUCUUUCUAA